AUGUCGAAUCGCUCACCACAAAAUGUGCUGAAAAACAUGCAGCGCAUGUUCCAACAGAUGCAAGAGAAUGCGCGAAGCUCUUCCCGACAGGGUGGUCCGCGUGGCAGCGGUGGUGGCGGCGGCCCCGUGAAUCCAGCCAUUGGUGGCGCGGGUUUGAUUGCGUUGGUGGGUCUGGCUGUGGGUAUCAAUGCUUCGCUGUUUAAUGUCGACGGUGGUCAUCGCGCCAUCAAGUAUUCGCGUGUGUAUGGUGUGGGCAAUACUAUUUUCCCAGAAGGUACGCACCUGUUGAUCCCGUGGAUUGAGACGCCCAUCGACUAUGACGUGCGUGCCAAGCCGCGAAGUAUCGCAAGUCUGACAGGCACCAAGGACUUACAGAUGGUGUCUCUUACGUGCCGUGUAUUGUCGCGUCCUAGUGUGGAAGACUUGCCGACCAUCUACCGCGAGCUCGGCACGGAAUACGACGAACGCGUAUUGCCCAGCAUUGUCAAUGAAGUGCUCAAGUCUGUUGUGGCACAAUUCAAUGCAUCCCAGCUUAUCACGCAGCGUGAAAUGGUGUCUCGUCUUGUGCGUGAGAACCUCAAGGUGCGUGCUCGCCGCUUCAACAUUAUUCUGGACGAUGUGUCGAUCACGCACAUCUCCUUCUCGCCCGAAUUCACGCAUGCCGUUGAGGCGAAGCAAAUCACGCAGCAAUCCGCUUUGCGUGCUGCAUUCCAGGUGGACCAGGCGUUGCAAGAGAAACAAGCGAUUAUUGUGCGCUCGGCUGGUGAGGCGCGCGCUGCGGAGCUGAUCGGUGACGCCGUACGCAAGAAUAAGGGCUUCCUCGAGCUGAAGCGUCUUGACGCUGCACGCGAAAUUGCGAAUACGCUGUCGAAUUCAGGCAACCGCAUUAUGCUCGACUCCAAGAGUCUGUUGCUGAAUGUGAACGAAAAAGCACCGCAGAACUAG